UCGGAGUGUGUGUGUGUGUGUGUGUGUGUUAGAUCAGAGCUCGCGCGCGCGGAGCCUCCUGACGCGUCAGUAAUCAGAGAAACGCGCAGAUUCGGGAAGUGAAUCAACACUCAGUUUGGGUUCCAUACCUCUGCACACCACCUUUCUAUGAAGACUUUGGAGAAGCCAGCAACAAGUCAGCGGUGGUCGGAGCAGGAAGGUUUAACCUCGACCUGAAAGAAUGAACGAGCGAGUUUGGGUGAAAUGGACCGUCAUUGUGUGUGUUCUCGUACUCCUCCACAUGUGUCUUGGGCAGAAAGACUGCACCGGAGUGGACUGUCCACAUCUGGACAACUGCAUUGAGGAAUUCCUGGAGAGCGAUGCGUGCUGUGCCACGUGUUUACGUCGAGGGUGCACGUGUGAAGGGUAUCAGUAUUACGACUGCAUUAAUGCCGGAUUUAAAAACGGGAAGGUUCCUGAAGGAGAGCUGUACCUGGUGGACUCGGGCAGUACAGAGUGUUUGUGUCCCGCAGGCGGAGGCAGGAUAAGUUGCCGCUUCAUCCCGUGCCCUGACGUCCCUCCUGACUGCAUCGAGCUGUCCGACUCCACCGAGGCGUGUCCUCACUGCCUGCGCAUCGGCUGCGUCUACAACAACCAGAAAUACGAAGCGGGUCACUCGUUCCACAUGGAUCCGUGUCAGGUGUGUCACUGUCCCAACGACGGCGGUGACCUGAUGUGCUCAGUGAUUCUUGAUUGCCCCUCAGAAACAUUCAAGAAUCCUGAGGUAAAGCAGAAUGACCUACAUAUCUCCAAACAUGAAAACGCUGAAGAUUUCUCCAGCAAAGAUCACACGUUUCUGAGUAACUCUGUCCCCAUUUACACCGAGAACAUGUCAGAGACUGACGAAAGUGAAGAAUACGACUAUUUUUCAGAAGCCACCACAACUCCAGAUGCUUUCAUUUCAUCUUCUGUAGCUCCUCAAGCUCAAAAUCCUCAUGAUGUUCUACAUGAAAACACCAGGAAGGAGCUUAGAGAGACACAGGGAAUGUAUGACAUGGAAUCUAGCGAAGAAGGAACCAAGGACUCACCAAACGUUACUACAGUUAAGACGGACUCAAGAUCUUCUGAGAAGUUAUCAUCUCAGAUGGAAACCGUUGUUAGACACACUCCGGUUCCUUCAAAAGAAACCACACCCAAGACCACAGAUGACAUCAGGAGAACUGAGAAAAACCCGGAAGAUCGCAGGAACCUUCAGGACACGAUUCCAGAACUCAACCCUGUCCCUAAACUGCAGUUCAGCUCCACCACCUCACUACCAGUGAUCGCGAGGGAACGUGAAGAUCACAGGCAGCCUGAAACGUUGGGUAGAUACCACCAGGACAGAAAUGACCUCCAUGUAAUGUCCAACAACCAGAGAGUCACUUCCAGGGAGGUUAGUCUGUGCUGUGUGACUGGUGAGAACUGGGCCUCUGCUCAUGGCCACUGCAACAACAUGGUACCCAUGAAGACAGAACUGAGUUCUACCUGCUGGUCGGUUCAGAGGCAGUGCUGUUUGAGUUUGCUGAGAGCGAGUCGGUGUUCAUCUGGAAUAAACACGGCGAGACAGGAGAGCGACUGUGGAGCUGACGACGGGGACCUCUGUGACUCGCACAUGGAGUGCUGUACGUGUUGUGCACUGGGUCUGCAUCUGCGAGCACAGCAAGAGUCAUGUGACCCUCCACGAGCUUUGGGUGAAACCUGUAGCCACGCCCUCCUGACCUGCUGUGAGGGGACAGGCAUGACCAAUCACACCGUGGUCAGGGAGAGGACACACCCUCAAGCCACCAGCCCACCAAGGAGAGUUUCUGAAGGUCCUGAGCACCAGCCGUUUUCUCUGGAGGAGGUGGAGGACACGGAGAACAUGGUGGAGACAGUGGAGGGUCUGGAGGAUGUGGAUGAGUGUCGUGUGUACGCUGGGCAGCUGUGCGAUCAUCAGUGUGUCAACACACAGGGAUCGUACGUGUGUGUGUGUUUCCCUGGAUUCGUCCUGCAGCCGGACGGGAUCCAGUGCCUGCAACAAGUGAUGAUCGAUGAUGAUGAGAGCAGACUGAAAGAAGACGCCGUGUCCACUGCCAGCCCGAGACCAGCGGAGACGACCACCACUCCACCUCCUGACCUGCCAGACCCCUGUGAAGGAAAUGGCCACUGUGCUCAGCACUGCCACCCGGUGGAGGGUCGAGCUCACUGCUCCUGUUUCCCAGGAUUCUCUCUGAUGGCUGAUAGACGCUCAUGCGAAGAUAUUAACGAGUGCACACUGGGAGCUCACAGCUGCGGCCCAGGGUUCGACUGCAUCAACACGGCCGGCUCGUUCAGCUGCAGAGCCAGACUGAGGUGUCCAGGAGGAUUUGCUCACGACUCACAAGGCCAGUGUGUCGAUAUUGAUGAGUGCAGGACAGUAACACAGCCCUGCAGUCCCGGGUUUAACUGCAUCAACACAAUCGGCUCGUACACCUGCCAGCGCAAGAUCCUCCUGUGUGGCAGAGGCUAUCACUCCAGUCCUGAUGGCAGCAGGUGUAUCGAUAUUGAUGAGUGUGAAACUGGAGUCCAUCGUUGUGGCGAAGGUCAGAUUUGUCACAAUCUCCCUGGAACGUACCGAUGUGACUGUCAUCCAGGCUACCAGUACGACACGUACAGGAGGAUGUGUGUAGAUGUGAAUGAAUGCUGGCGUUACUCGGGCAGGCUGUGUGCUCAGACUUGUGAGAACACUCCAGGCUCGUAUCGCUGCUCCUGCACUUCAGGAUUCACUUUAUCCAGUGAUGGCAAGAACUGUGAAGAUGUGAAUGAGUGUUUGAGCAGUCCCUGUACUCAGGAGUGCUUUAAUAUCUACGGCUCGUACCAGUGUUACUGCAGACAGGGCUACUACCUGCGCGAGGACGCGCACACCUGUGAAGAUACUGAUGAAUGUUCUCAGAGCAUUGGUCAUCUCUGUGCCUACAAGUGUGUGAACGUCCCAGGAAGUUACAACUGCGCCUGUCCUGAACACGGAUACAGCAUGGCUCCCAACCGACGCUCCUGCCAAGACAUAGACGAGUGUGCAGUCAGAGCUCAUAACUGUACAGCAGAGGAAACAUGCUACAACAUUCACGGUGGAUUUCGCUGUCUGUCCUUCAGCUGUCCCACAAACUACCGGCGAAUCUCUGACACACGCUGUGAGCGAAUCAGCUGCUUGAACUUUGUGGAGUGCCAGAACUCGCCGCUGAGAAUCACCUACUACCAGCUCAGCUUCCAGACGAACAUCAUCGUCCCAGCGCUCAUCUUCCGCAUGGGUCCAUCUCCCGCCUACUCUGGCGACAACAUCAUUAUCAGAAUCAGCAGCGGUAACGAGGACGGCUACUUCAGCCCCAGGAAGCUGAACGCAUACACCGGCGCCAUCUACCUGCAGCGCCAGCUCCCGCAGCCACAUGACUUCCUGCUGGACGUGGAAAUGAAGCUGUUGAGGCAGGGCACCUUCACCACCUUCCUCGCCCGGAUCUACAUCUUCAUCACGGCUAAUGUCGUCUAACGCUGGACUUGUGCACUGCUUACACUCCCAGCAUUCACAAUUAGUCAGUGAUUUAAAGUUAUUAUUAUUAUUAUUAUUAUUAUUAUUAUUAUAAACUCAAAACACUGAUUAUAUUGUUAUUAGGUUUGUUAAAACAGAUAAAACAUUAAAUUAAAAUGAUACUGAAUUAUUAAAGUUACAAACUCACAAAUAGUCACUUAAUGAAGUUGACCUGUGCAUAAAGUGCACACGUUUUUCAGGAAAUUGAGUUUCAGCACACUGAAUUAACAUUUUAUCUGUUAUUAUUCCCAAAGCAAUUUUUUUUGCUCAAAGAAAUCGUAUGUGAAUGAUCAUUUUUAAUUUGCAAAUUCAGUCAAAUUGUGUGAGUAUAUUACAGCUACAAAUUCAAAUGUACAUAAUUGAACAUUUUUGUGAUACGAUUACGAUUCACAAUUUAUGCACUUACAACAUUCACACUGUGUUCACAAAUCACCCGUUCUGCAUCUCACAGCUGUAUCGUGGUAAGUGGGUGGGGCCAGGCCAAGUGUAUCACUGCAAAGACCAGAGAGGGUGGAGCUGAAAUAAAAAUAAAAAAGUGCUACGAGUUGUAGAUACAAAUUAACGACUUGUUUUUUGGCUGAACGUGAUUAUAGUGUAUAAUUGUCAUGAUACAUUUGUUGUUUUUUUGAGUUAGAAAGUUGUAAUCAGAUUCAUAAAUGUGUAACAACAAACCUGCAAGCCUAAUUUGCAUAAUUACAAUGUUCAUGUGGAAAUUACGAAUGACCAUUUACUCCCAACAACUUUCAUACGUUACCGAGAAACUGUCAAGAAGAAGAAGUGUAAACUCCUCUGUCCUGAAGAUGUCGGAAAACUUAAAGUUCCAGCUUCACAAAGUGCUGACACUGGAGACUCCUUCCAGAAACGUUACAGAGUGUGUCACCAUGGCAACAAUUCUUUCACGUGUCCACUGGGCACACCCCUGUGAAUGAGCUGUUACUAUAGAAACAAUGUAUUAGAAUGUAUUAAUAUAAACCUGCACUACUGUCAGAGCUGCUGUUAUAUAAAACUAAUCAGCACCUUCCGACCAAUCAGAGUCCAGAACUCAGCAGCGCUGCUGUGGUGGAAACUAUAAUGAGCUUCUACACUGAAAAUCUCAAAGACGUUGUUUCAGUUUGUUAUUUGUUUUCCUUGAAAGCCUUGAAUAAAGACCGCUCAAAUAAA